AUGGCUGGUGCUUCAGGAGCUCAUAACGGGUUCCUAGGCGUCAACAGGGGUGGGGAUCGGUGGCAAGGGGCGGAGGGGGUGGGGUAUGUGCACGAGGUGGUCUUUGCGGAAGGCGACAGCAGCGCCAUGGUCGCGCAGUUCCAGCUGAUUUCCGCCAUCCGCGCGCUUCCCCCGAUCGUUCCGCCGCCCUCGCGCGCUGCAGGGGGAAGCGGAAACGGACACGCCGGGACCCCGCGGGACGAGAGGCGCGCGGGGACGUACCCGCGGAUGCUCCACGCGGUUACCGCCAGUGAGGGGGAGGCGGACGGGGAGGGGGAGGGGGAGGGGGGGUCGUUGGCGCAGAGCCAUCAGGAGAGUCUUCACAUGGAGGCUGAGUGGCCAAUCGCGUGGUGCCAGGUGGCAGAGAACGUCCUCAUAGGCUCGCCACUCGUGUCGGCUGCUGACGUGGACGUGGUGACGUCCAGGGCGGGCGUGACAGCUGUCGUCUCGUUACUGGUUAGUGAUGCUGAUGAUCCGUCGGAGCACGAGUCAGCACUGGCCGUUGAUUGGUCCGCCGUGACCCGCCAGCUGGCAAGAGAGGGCGGCGUGGCGCUCAAACUGCCCGUGGGGGAAGCCGCCAGUGGGGGGAGGGCGGAAGCGGGGGCGCGGGGGGAGCCAGGGGAGGGGUGGCGGGAAGUGUUAUCCGAGGGGGAAGGGGGAGAGUCGGACCUGGAAGGGUGUUUGGAGGAGAAUGGGGAGGGGGAGGGGGGAGAGGACGUGGUUUCACAGGUGUUGGAAGCGGUGAGAGUGGUGGCGGCGCUGGUGGCAACAGGGCACAGAGUCGCAAUCGUGAGCUGCUCGCCUCACUCUGCCAGUGCCCUCGUCGCUCUGGGCUACACGACAUUCGUGAAGGGCGCGGACGUGGGCACUGCUUUGGCGGACAUGCGCCGAGCCUGUCCGGCUGCUGACCCGCCCAUGCGCGUGUGGAAGAAGGCUCACGCGCAGCUAGCAGGCAGCAACAUGAGGCGUCUCACAGACCUUGCAGCGGAGGAGCUUCAAACGAGGAUAGCGAACGGUGUGCCUGGGUCCAGUGCCAAUGACUGGCAGGUGGCAGAGCGCAAGCUGGUGGCGGAGGGCUUUCAGCGCAUGGUGGCUGCUGACGUGGCACUCUCUGACGCCAUCUCCAAGGCGGCCAUUCGCAGGGCAGCACGCGCAGCAGAGAAGCAGAUGGAUGAUGUCCAGCUCACCUCGUCUGACCGUAUUGCUCUGCUCAAGGCUCACAUCUCUCGUCUCGAAGAGAAGCAGCAAGCUGCCGACCAGGCCGCCCGGGCGGCGGAGGAUCGGAUCUCCUUCUUCCUGCGCCAGCUCAGCGCGCUCCAGGACAAACACGCCGCGGCGCAGAAGGAGGCGGCUGCUGCCACCCAGCUGGCAAGUCAACUCGCCGGCCAAUUGCAGUCCUUGCAAGCGAGAGAAGGUUCCUCCGCACCUUCUUCUUCGACCGCAGCCCAAGCCGCAGCUCUAGGUUUGGCAGCCGCCGAAGCUGACCGGGUGGCAGCUCUGGAAGCGGAGGUCCGGGAGAGGCGCGAGCGGGAGCAGGAGCUCCGGGCGGCGCAGCAUCAGGCAGAGCAGCGGGCGGCGUCGGCUCGGCAUCUUCUGCUCACCCUGGAAAAGGACCUGGCGAGGGUGACAGAGGGGGAGGCAGCGGCAAAAGAAGCAGCAGCAGAGGCGAAAGAAAAAGUAGGGUUUCUGUCAGGUGUGGUGCGAGAACUAGAAGGCCGAGAGAGGGACGCGAGGAGAGAAGCAAAGAGGGCGAAUGAGGCUCUAGAGGUGGUGGCAGCAAGGGAGAGAGCAGCACAGAUUCGAGUGCAGGAGCUUUCUGUGCAGGUGGAGCAGCUUGAAAAAGAGCUUGCAGCUGCCCAGGAAGCUUCCAGAAUCGCGCACGGGCGGUGCGAUUUCUUUGCCCGGCUUGUGGAUGUUCUGAGGGAGAGGGAGCAGGCGGCUAGUGACGCGGCCAAACGGGCCAAUCAGGCGCUGACAGGUGUCGCGCGGGAGUUGGAGGAGGUGAAGGGGAGGGAGAGGAGGGAGAGGGAGGUGUGGAAAGGUGCAGUGGCGCGGUCAGAAGCGGUGAUGGCGGAGUUAGGGGCGACUAAGAGAAUGCAGAGGGAGGCGAGGGAGAGGAGGGAAGCUGCUGAGAAGCUGCUCGCGAAGCUCGAGUCGGCGGGAGAGAGCGGGGAGGAAGGUUCGAGGAAGCUUCUGCUUCAGGCCCGGGCGGCAGUGGCUGACGCGCUGGAGAACGAGACGAGCCUUGCCGGGCUUGUCGUUGCGCUAGCUGACAAAUUGACUGAGGCUUCUGCCGCCCGCACGGCCCAGCGGGAGCGUUUGGCGUUUCUGGAGCGACAGGUGGCGGAGGGGAGGGAGAGGGAGCGGGCGGCGGAAGAGGCAAUGGCGGCAGCAAUGGGCGGGCAGGAGGAGCUUCGGAGGCAGAUGGACGAGGUGGCUCGGAAAGAGGCUGAGGCUCGGGAGGAGGUUCGGGUGCUGUCGAGCAAAGUGGAGAGCAUUUCAGCUCAGUCCACUGUAGCGGAGGAGGUGGAGGGGUCUCUCGCCGUUCUCAGAUCCCAGGUGGCGUUCCUCCAAUCAGAGCUCGCCAGCGCGACGCAGGAAGCCACGUCAGCCACCCAGCGAUCCACCUCGCUCCUUCACCAGCUCAACCAGCUACGAUCCGGCGCCAGCAGUGAUGGCAGCGCGGGACAGGUGGCGGGUUCUGAUUCGCCGGAUGAGGUUGCAGGGAAGGUGGAGGCACCAUGGAUUUCUGGAGAGGCGGUUAGGAAAUUGGAAGAGGAGCUUUCAGCUGCCCGUGGGGCAGCAGAAUCGGCCAAUCAGAGGGUUUUUGUGCUGCAGGGGCAGGUGAAGGAGUUGCAGAAGAAAGAAGGCGUGGCCCAAGCGCUGCUUGGCCAGGCAGAAGAAAAUAUGUCGGCGCUUUUCGGGCAGCUUGCGGCUGCCCGGGACAAGGACUCGACAAGCCUUCGUGCGCUCGCCAAGGCUAGGUCAGAGGUUCGGCAGAUGGCUUGGCAAGUGGCUCGGCUGGAGGAGCAGCUACAGGCUCGGGGAAACACUGCAGGAGGGGUAGGGUUGGUAGCAUUGGGAAGGGGAGAGGGUUGGGGAUUGGCUGGGCUGCUGGAUGGGUUAAGUGCGGGCACCCUAAAGCUGCUUGGGAUGGCAGGAGUGGGCGGCAUGGGAGGGGCGGCAGGGGCGGACGGCGGGCAGAAAGAGCCGAAUGCUGCCAGGCUGGCGGCUGAGCUGUCGCGAGGGGCUGCUGCUCUGCAGUCCAGGGUGAAGAAGCACGUGUCUCGGCUGGGCAAGAAUGCAGCAGCAGUGGAUGCAGCAGCGUUGUCGUCGUUAUCAGAUCAGCCCAUAGAGGAGCAUUUCUCACAGGAGGAGGAGACCAUUCUGGCGUCGGCCUCUUGUCUGCGGGAAGCCGUGGUGGCAAUAGAUGCCAAACGCCGUGAGCUGGGAGCGGCACCUCUUGCCGCCCAGCAGUCCCCCCCCUCACCCCCAGCGCCCUUCGCCUCCCUCACAGCUCUUUUCGCCAAGGCAGCAGCAGCAGUGGGUCUCAGCGCCCUCCUGUUCAUGCCCCUGGCUCUCGGCUCGCACACUAACGAGUCGCCUCUUAUCGAGUCGCUGCUGCAGCAGCAGCAGCAGCAGCAAUCUGUCGACGUAACCUGGCGUGUGUCUCUCCAGCAGUCAGUGCAACCAGUCACGUUGCAGCAACAGCAGUUCAACCCUUCGCCAGCGCUGCAGCUAUCGAGCCCGUCGGUACAGGCAGUAUCAUUGCAAGCAGCAUCGCUACAGCAGCCCACCCAGCCAGCAGCUCUGCAGCUCUUCUUUGACCCGCUCACGCUCAAGCCAGUGCAGGCUGCAGGCACCAGGGAGGCGAAUGAGGGACCAUCCACUCUGAUCCCGUUACCUGUGCUGAAGGAAGCAGAGUCAGAAGUCCUGAAUCUGAUUGGUCGGUACACGACUGUGGCUAGGGAAAUGAAGGGACUGGCUGCAGUGGUUGCGCCGGAUGCUUCCCCGGAAGAUAGGAUCCAGGCUGCGUUCCUAUUCUGCCGCCAGUUGGCGUCUCCGCCGUCCACGUCAGCAGCUGUGGUGUCUGGAGUUGGUGGUGCUGGUGGUGGUCGUGGUGGUGGUGUGGAAGAUCCUACUUCAAUGAGCCGCAAUUUCUGUGCAUCGAUGGGGCUGUGGUAG